AUCGUUAAAAGCCAUUUUUUUUUCUUCCUGUUGUUGCGCGGUUUCAAGUUGUAUGACUGCGCAUGCGCGUUGCGUCAUCGUGUGACUGUCUAAGUAUUUUCUCCUGUCAGGGCGCUGCUCUGCAUGUGAUGUCUGUGCAUUUCGAUGAGAGGAGCGGGGUGGUGCCAUGCAAGACUCCCUGGGGUUGCUGGUACCAGACCAUGGAGGAGGUGUUCAUUGAAGUCCAGGUGCCCCCUGGUACACAGAGCCGAGAUAUCCGCUGGACGGCUGUAUGAUUCCACGAUAAGCGAUGAAAGCACUUGGACAUUAGAGGACAAAAAACUUAUCCGAAUAGUAUUAACCAAGUCCAACCGGGAUGCUGGCAAUUGCUGGCCAUCUUUACUAGAAGGAGAGUAUUCUGCUGAUCCUUGGGUUCAAGAAGAGAUGCAAAAGAAACUGACACUGGAGAGAUUCCAGAGAGAGAACCCUGGAUUUGAUUUUAGUGGAGCAGAAAUUUCAGGAAACUACAGCAAAGGGGGGCCUGACUUUUCCAAUUUACAGAAGUAAACCACUUAUCAAAGGACUCUUUAUACUUUACAGUUUCCGGUUAGAAAUAAAUGGAUGAAACUUUAUCUUUUUUAAUCGUUGCUAAUAAGGUGUACAGCAUUGCAGAAUAAUGGAAAAUGCAUGCUAAAAUAUGAUGUCUGUUUCUGGAAAUGAUUUAGGUUUCGCCAUGAAAUUCUGUUGGCCACCAGAUGGCGCAGUGUCUACUUCAUUGUAAGUGACAGUGGGCAGUCUGAUAGACCACGUUUACUAAGACUCAUUCAUGUAAAAUAUGCGGAGAGGGUAGUUAGUGAAAGUUUGCUUUGUAUGCCUCUUUGACAUGUUUUGACCUCUCUAGGAACAGGUAUAAAUUUGCUCCAUUUCUGCAAUUAACAUUUGGCUAAAACUAUGGGGAUCAUUUAUUAAGACCGGCGUUUUAGACCCCAAUACUGGCGGUGGAUGCGCCGAAUUUAUGCAGGGGCACCGGCCUCUACAUAACUUCGGUGUAUCCACUACCUGUCUAAAUGUACGCCAGUUUUCUAGGUGCCAUAGAUUUACACCAUUUCAUACACCUAAAACAAUCGUAGAAAAUGGUGGCCCACCCGCUUUUUUUUUUAGACCUGGCGUGAGCGGGGAAAAGUCACAGAUUUCGGCACAAAUAACCUGUCUUAUAUCUGUUAGUAAAUGACCCCCUUUGUCUCCUAGAAGACCAAAGCCACAAAAUUUGACUAGAUAGAAAAAAAGCUUGGCAUCAGUUCCAAUGUGAUGUUCAAAAAG